AUGAAGUCCCCAGGCUAUUUCCUCAGCGCAUUGAUCGCUACAAUGAACAUCCACCUCAGCGCCGCUUAUUCUGAAUCCUAUGACUUCAUUGUCGUCGGGGCCGGUACCGCCGGAGGCUACCUUGCACACAAGCUCGCCACCUCGCCCUAUUCGCCUUCUGUGCUCCUCCUGGAGAACGGGCCGAACACACUGAGCAACAACACCAACAAUCCGGCCGACAAUCCGAACCUGAAGUCGCUCAUUCCCGGUAAUUUCGCCGAGAAUGUGGCCAGGCCGGACACAAAUUAUAUGUAUAAGACUGUUCCGCAGAAGCACCUCGAUGACCGCGUGCUGGUGUACCACAGAGGCCGUGGCCUCGGCGGAACCAGCAACCUCAACUAUAUGGCCUGGAUCAAGGGCUACAAGGGCGAUUUCGACGAAUGGGCGGAGAUUGUCGGCGACCAGAACUAUGGGAGUAACGAGGGCUGGGAGAGGAUCAAGAGAUUGGAAUCGUUUGACCCUAAGGGCUUGCCAAAGGCCUACGAGAAAUAUGCUUCCCCGGACAUGUCCAGCCAUGGUACAAUGGGCCCAAUCCACAACACUCUCCCAACGAACCCCCUCCCGGGUAUGGGUUCCUUCAUCGACGGCUGUGUUGAAGCCGGUAUUCCCAGAGCCUUGGACACAAACUGCGGUCAGAACAUUGGUGCUGGAUUGGUCAAUAUGGCAAUCUACAAGGGUGCCCGUGUCUCGUCAGCUACUCAGUGCCUCAACGAGGAGGGCGAUAUUGGCACCGGUUUGAUCCGCCCAAGAAACCUCGAGGUCAGAACUGAUACCAAGGUCGAGAAGAUCCUUUUCGACCAUAAGACUGCCAUUGGUGUUCAGGUCGAAGGAGGCCGCAAGUUCUUUGCCAAGAAGGAGGUUAUCAUUUCCGCCGGAUUUAUCGACUCUCCAAAGCUCCUUCUCCUUAGCGGUAUUGGACCUAAGGCCGAUCUCCAGGAGCUUGGAAUCAAGGUUGUCCACGACUCCCCCAAUGUCGGAAAGAACAUGCUCGACCACUCCACCGUCCUCCUCGAUCCCAUCUUCAAGCAGGAUCUCCAAGUCCCCACCGGAAACCUCCUCUUCUCUGAGCCCGCUCGUGUUGAUGCCGAGAAGAAGCUUUGGCUCGAUACUUACCAAAAUGGCAAAGGUGAAGCUCGAGGCGAGAUGGCCCGAUUCGGAGCCUCCGCUGGUGUUGCCUUCAUUAAGUUCACCGAGGAAGAGCGUGAGCAGUGGCCCGAAUGGCAGGCUCUCUCUGAUGAGGACCGCUCCCGCUUCCUGGACAAGGGCCGUCCCGACACCGAGAUCUUCUACCUUAUUGGAUACAAGCCUCCCGGAAAGGACUUCCCCGAAGGCACCUCGCCUAACUCGUAUGCCCGCCUCUUCCUCCUGCACCAGAACCAUCUCGCACGCGGAACCAUCAGCCUCAACUCGUCCAACCCGUCAGACGCCCCUGUCAUCGACCCUCAGUACUUUUCGCACCCCUAUGAUGUCCGCAUCAGUAUCGAGACCAUCAAGAAGGCUGUCGAGAUCUUCAAGACCAAGGCCCUCUCCGCUCACUUUGUCGGCAUGGAGUUCAAGGGCUGCGCCGAGGACCCAGCUUGGAUCCAGGACUCGCCCGAGAAGGCUGAGGAGAACCGCCUCAAGGCAGAGCAGAACGGCGGUUUCUAUGUCAAUGGUAUCGAUAUGACCGAUAAGGGCAUCGAGCACUGGUUGAAGAGCAAGGGUCUCGACCAGGGCUACCACGGCAUGGGAACCCUCAGAAUGGGCAAGGCUGGUGACAAGAUGAGGGUUGUCGACUCCAAAGGCCGUGUUGUCGGUGUUGAUGGGUUGAGAAUCGCUGAUACCAGUGUUAUCCCUGUCGUCAUGAACAACCAUCCGCAAGUGUCUGCAUACCUCAUCGCCGACGUCGUCGCCGACGGUAUCCUCCGCGACCACGCAGCCUCAGGAAAGCGCCAAAAGCGCCAGAAGAUCAUUAGACGCUUCGACUAG